CAGUGCUCCAAGUGGUAUAAAACGUGUGGUUUUUAUUUUAAUCGUCAAUGUACUUCGGUUUGCCUACUGCAUGAAGCACAGCCAGUAAACACCGUUCAACAUGAACACCCUGAUUGUUUUAUCAAUCCUAGUAUUGGCCUCUACUGCAUCUGGGGAACUUCGUUCGGGCUAUCCUUUAGACGAAUCCAAUUCUGCCUAUGGUCUUGAAAAGUCUGAAUCGGCCUAUGCUAUCGAGAAGUCCGUCGCUGCCUACCCCGUCGAAAAGUCCGCCGCAGAAGAUAUCCUCGAAAAGUCUGUACCUGCCUAUCCUUUCGAGAAAUUCGGCCGGCCUAUUCUCGUGAGAAGUCCGUUCCGUCCUGUUCUUGUGAAAAAUUCGCAACCGGCGUAUAGUCUCGAACAGUCUGUACAGGCGUAUUGGCUCGAAAAGUCUGCACCGGCCUAUAUUCUCGAAAAGUCCGCCGUGGCCUAAGCUUUCGUUAAACGAUUUUGAAAAAAUGUUGCCCCCCAAUCUUAAUAACAGAAAACUGCGCCGUUUGACCUCGGUAAUCCGGUAUUAUCCUUUCUUUGGAUUUAUGGGAAAUUCUUCAAAACAUUUUUGUUAUCAUAAUCGCGGCUUCUCGUUGGGAAUACAAAAUACUAGCAGA